CAUCUAUUGUGUGUUUUUGUACUGUUGUUUUUCUCAGGAAGCUAUCAGAAAUUUGACUCCGAUUGCAUACUUUUUACACUUAAUUAUUGUCUGUGUUAGAAAAUGUAUUUCCUAAAUACGUUGGUAAGUCAGAAUAUAUUUAUUUUGUUUUGAAUUUUAGACGUGUUCUCAUUUCAAUUAGAACAAUUUUCUGCAUUUUGACGACUUUGCAUUCUAUUGUUUUGGCGCAAUCCUAAAUUGUUCUUGACUAAUCUUGAGGAUGAGGAUAAUGAUUUUUAUUAGCAAUCAAACAAAACGCUCACGUUCUAAACAUCAUUAGAAAUUGUGACGAACAAUAACGAGUAAGCAAUUAAAAGUUAUUUAGAAUGCGUGUAAACGAACUUUGAUACUGUCUUUCCUUUUCAUGUGUAGCUGUCAGAUUCUUGCUGAAAUAUAUACACACGCAGUCGGUGUCGAAAAUCCAGUCUUCAAAAGACCUUUGGCCUACUGACUUUUUUAUUAAGGGGGAAAAAUAAACACAUUUUUAAUCAGAAACUUGAGCAUGCAGAUGGUGCGACAGAGACUAAACAUAAUAAAGCGAGACAGCCCAGCUGUGACAAAACCUGUGAAGGAUGGGGAUCUGGAUGAAAAAAUCCGUCGGAUACGAGAAGAGAACAAGAAAAGAGAAGAACGCUUUCAUGAAAUUGAGCAAGAUAAGAAAUUAGCAUUAAAUGCAGCAUCAGAGAAAAAAUCUGAUAAGACUAGCCCAAAGGUGAAAUCAAGUGAAGGUAAUAUUGACACAAACCAAAAUAGAACUAUGAUGGAUGGAGUUCAGUUAGGUUACCACAAAAAAACAACAAAAGGAAGAGGACAAAGGCUCUUGGAGAUGAGUCAUCAACCUUCAAAAGCUAAGUUUUUUGAAUCUAGAUAUCAUUCUGAUCAUCUGAUCGAACAUUUGCCUGGACAAAUUUCACUCAAGAGUAAAUGUCGAACAAGCAUCCGAGAACGAAUUAAAACCAUAAGUAAGCAGAGUGUGACCACAAAACCUGACGUCAGUCUAAAUAAAGAAAUGGAGAUCAGCAAUGCUCACACUGAGUGUGGGAAUAAUGUGGAUUGUACUGGAAAUGACCAGUGUCAGGAGGCAACUAAAGGGAAUAAAGAGUUGUUGCAGCAUACUAAAGGUGAUCCAAGUACAAAUGAGGAAAAAUCACUAGAAUAUAUGCUGGAUGAAGUUGAUAUACAAGAAGCAACUAAGGAACAAAAUCAAGGAGAAAGCACUGAGGGCAACAUUGUCCCGACUCACACAACAAAUCCUGAGACAGACAAAGACAUUUUAAAUGACGUGCAAGAACAAGACACAAUAAACAAAACAGACACUUCACAAACACAAUCACAAGCUGAAACUUCUAAUUCUACACCAAAAAAUGAAAAGCCUAAAAUUACAGUAAAAUUAAAGAAAACUGUGUCAAAUAGUAGUUUUGACGAAUCUAUGUCUCUGCUUAGUCCACUAGAUUUGCCAAAAAACUGGGGGGAUUUGGACUUUAGUGAUGAUGAUUUAUUACCUGUGUCAAUAUGGAAGGAUUAAAUCCUUUAAAAUGUUACAUGGUGCAAAAUUUUAAUAGCUUUGAGCUAAUAAGGGAUCUUA